GUUAAAAGAUAGGGGCCCUCGAAUGGGUCGAGUUUACACGACGAAGAAGCAGGACUUUCAGUUUCUUUUAGGCGUUCGCGAGUGGAACGUCGUGAGUGUAACGGUCACGCUGGCACGCGCGUGAAAGUUUUGUAUUCCGAGCGCCCAGCCUCCUCUAUGCACAAAGUUUAUUGACGUAGGAAGAAGAUUGAGACAGAUACUUAAAAGCGGUGCACCGUGUAAUACCUGAACACCGGGGAGUGAGUUAUAGUGACGUGAAAGUUUCCGACUGGAAGAAGCGGAAUGCGGAGUGCUGGGCGCUACGGUGUGUACACUGAUCCAUGGUACUAGCACAGACGAGUACUCGUCUGUGGUACUAGAUUCAGUGAGUAUCAAGAAGAAGGCAAAGAAUGAUGUUGAAAUAUUAAUAAUAAUGGAGGAACUUAAGAAUGAAAACGCGUGGCUAUUAGCCCGCGGACGAUUAUUGUAAAAAAGCAUGCAACGGUGGUUACUGGCCCUAGAUGAACCUGCAUCUAAUCCAUGCGGUAACACCGUCAUCAGCCACGAACCAUCUGGGUGGUACUAGGUUGGAUCGUAACAGGGGAUGCUGGAACGCGGGAAGUUUCGUUCCAGUGCCGCAAUCGCAACGGCCUUGGCAGUUUCAGGUGGGAACCAAACUAGCUCUGACAGUGAAACUACUAAAUUGUCUUUAUAUGCGGCGAACGAGCGAUUCACUUGCAAUCCUGACAAUCUGUACGCGGUACCACGAAUUGGUUUACAUGAAAUAGAAUGGAUAGAGGCUGACUCGCUAGAGGCUGAUGUUUCAAGAUUGGUAGCCGGUUCGUCAACAGUAACAACGACCACAACGCGAAAUAAUCUAAAAAAAUGUUGCCGAACUUCGACCAGUUCCGGUUACUCCAGCCAUUCUCCGCCACUGUCGGCUGGUUCAUAUUCUUGUUACACAUCAGCAGUCUCCGGUCAGAGUCUUUUUCGAGGAAUACCUCUAACAAUGAAGGAUCAAUUCAGCGGAGGUCUCGCUGUAAUUCAUGAGAGCGAGUCAAUUCCACGUCCUAUUUGGCCGACUGCAUUUCCCAAUCCGCGCGAGCUCUAUCAGAGCGAGGAAAAUCCCGAAUAUGAUACUUUGUACACAUGUUACGGAUGCAGUUGCGCAUAUACCUAUUCAUAUUGCGAUUGGGAUUAUGAAAAAUCUGCAAGUAUAUCAGCACAUGAUGUCCUCCUUGAAUUAUCUCAAACACUGAACUCUGUGAUAGAAGGCAAAAAUGCCAUGACACCAGAAGAGAUCUUGCACAAUAUCUCGUAUAAGGUGGCCCAAGGAAUUGGUUUGAAAGGAGGACUUUAUGAGUACGUUUACCAUAAUUCCUCUUUUUUACCAAGCAAACGAUCGUUCUUAAAUGACAAGAAUCCGUGUCUAUUAAGUAGCAAUAAAAAUUCGUCGUCGAAAAUCAAUCCAGUAAACUCGAAACUUUACGAUAAUACACGACACCUUUAUCUGCACAAUCCAUGGUACACUUGCUUAUGCACUUGUGAACAUACUCACAGAUUUUUGUCGUCUUCUAAAAAUGACAAACAAACCAAGACGCACGAUGGAUCAGAAAAAAAAGAAAAUCCACCUGUUAUACUUUUGAUGGAUAAUCACUGUCAAAGAACAAAUUCAGAAUCAACACUGCAGAACAAUAAAAACACAUUUGAGUCACAUGUUUGCAAAUGCUUAAAUCGUUCAAUUGCUCUCGAUAAAAAAACGAAAAACAUAUACGUGAAUCGUUGUAUUAGAAGCGAUACGAAAGAAACGAUCAAUAUUAAUGAAGAAAACAAACAGGACCGGGAUAAAGUUAUUUCUAACGAACCAGAAUACUCUAUGCAGUUGGAGUGCAGCGACGGUGAUUCAUUCAACAAAGGUAAAAUCUUCUCAUCCAACAGAAAUAAUUGGGAUUAUCGUGUGCGAGGAUUUGCCGAAGACUUAGAUUUCACACUCGACGUUUCACGAGCGGAACGCUUAGGUCGUGUAAUCGCAAAAGCAAAACGAAAACGACAAUGGUGCAGAGCUCUGACCGCCUUCUUCGGACUAGUCUUCUUUGUUUUAAGUGUCGUCGUUGUUUCCUUAUCCGUAACAAAAGGACGUAAAGUAUUUGGAAGCAUGUAAUUCGAUUUAUAAAUCAUAACAACUUAAUCAGAGUACUUUCGUAACUCUAGUAAAAAUACUGACUGACACUUGCUUUAUAUGCUUUUAGUACCUUAUAUUGUUAAGCUAAAAUAAUGGGAUCUAAAUCCUGUUAGCAAUAUAUGGCUGUGACCAUGUUUUCUUAUGUAUGAAUAUUAAUAUGCAAUGUAUAUCCAGAUAAAGUAACAUUAAGUAAUAUAACUAAGAUAAACGAUAAGACAUGAAAAUUAUAUGAUUAAAAAUUAUAGUUAAAUGAAUAAAGAAAAUUAAAUUUAUAAGCUGAUUUUUAGCUGAUUUUUCCUUAAUAGCAUAAUUAUCUGCAUUUU